AUGGCGAGGCGAUACUAUUUUGCUGCGAUUUUAUCAUUUUCCCUUUUGGCAAAUGCUUUUACCGUGCCAGUCCCCUUACACCGGCUGCGUAGAGCCACUGAUGAUAUUGAGACUUCGAAUGACAUCGAAGACAACGCUGUCACGUCCAUGAGCUCGGCAGCACCCGUCAGUUCAGUGGUAACGGUGACAAUAGACCCUUUCGAUGACGACGAUGACGACGAUUUCGAAUUCGGCGGCUCAGAGACGACGUCAAGUGGCGGUGGAAGCAAUAUAUUCAGCAUUCUAAAGAUCAUUUCAGCUCUGUUCCCCGGUUCUAGCUCGGCCGCUAUUGCGGACUUAAUAAGGAAAUAUCUAGUAUGGAUACAGACAGCUGCGCCCUUUCGGCGUCAGUUUAAACUUGACAACAGAGUUGAAAUAGUUCACAUAUCCGAUGCUAUGGCGCAAUUACAAAAAUUGGAAACUAAAGAUGAAAGCGAUUCAGAAAGCUCCGACAGCAAGACACAGGAAACAGAAGAGGAUAAGGAGGGAGAGGAGAGCGUGGAGAAUAACGGAAUACCGGAUGCCUCUAAACAAGAUUCGGAUUCUAAUUUGGAAUCUGAUCAAGAUUCAGAUUAUGAUGAGCCACCGGGAGGUGGGGAUGGUGCGGGAGGUGGGAUUUUAGGCAUUAUAGCUGGCCUUAGCGGAGGAGAGGACGGCCAGUCUGAUUUGGGUACCCUUUUAGCAACUUUCAGUGGUAUCAUUGCAAAUUUGAGCUCUGAAGGUGACGAGAAUCCUGGGGCUGUUAUAGCGAGCUAUCUUCUGACUUCAUUAGACACUAUAACUGGCGGCGGGGCGGGCGGUGAUCCAGAUGUUAGUUCUGAAGAGGGUGGAGAUAAUAAGCCAAUGACUGACUCCGCUGGAUUCGUGUCCAGCUUUCUUUUGUCUUUAUUAGGCGAUAUGUCGAAAUCCAGUUCAGGCGUCCAGCGGGAACACUACAAGUUCUUCUUCAUCUCCAUUUUGGACUCUCAAAUUGGACAUCAUCCGGGCCCUGUUGCAAUUCGGAACGACGAUUCUUGGAAUGGCCUCUUCUACUUUCAUUUCAGCAUCCGC